GAGACCCCCUUGGGGUACCCCGGCCUUGAGCCGGCCCCUACAUUUUUCAAGAUCUGAAAAGCUCCUUUAACAGGUUUUGAAGAUGAACGAGACAGAGAGAAUUCCAUCACUCCUGUCACUGUACUCCGUCCUGGAGGAUUUCAGGGUGGAGGAUACAGAUUUUGAGGCCCUCGCCUCUUAUUACGAACAUCACUACCGGGUCCAAUAUGGGAGCAACGUCAUCUUAGAUCAGUUUAUACUGCUCUACUUUUUGGACCCGAGCACAAUCAAUGGGAACAUUAUCCAUUACUGGAUAAUGAUUUACUAUCUGGAAGAGCUCAAGAGGGAGCAUGCCACCCUCUGCAUUGAUGUGUCGCUGUCUCCUGAGACACCAACAGAGCAGCAAAUAUGGAGGCAGCAUCUGGAGUAUCUGCGGCUGCAGAAUACUGUCCAAUCUCACCUUCUCCAGCUUGGCAUGACAUUCUCGGAGAAGGAGAAGAAACUGCAGGAAGCUGCUCAUCCUCCGGUGGGGGAAAGGCUGACCCUCCGAAAACGGGUCAGGAAGGCCAUCAUGAAGAGGCUACAGAGAGUUUGGGUAAUGUAUCUAUUUACUGUCAAUUACCCUUCAUCUAGAGAUGCCCCAUGUUGUCCAGUGCAGUUCCACUUUACUUCCGGCCAUUCUGAUCAUUUUCAAUCAGAACAAUAGAAAGGAAGUUAUACAGUGUCGGGCUGGCCCACCAGGAUAC